AAUAGUUUGUAACACUGGGAAUCCAGUGCCAAGGCUGCAGGUGUUGGUUUUGGUUAAAAUGUUACCGUUAUCAAUUAAAGACGAUGAAUACAAGCCUGCUAAACUCAACUUGCUCGUCAAGAUAUCAGGAUGGUUUAGGUCAAUCCUUGCAGACAAGACAUCUCGGAAUUUAUUUUUUUUCCUUUGUCUGAAUCUGUCUUUUGCAUUUGUGGAGUUACUCUACGGCAUAUGGAGUAACAGUUUAGGUUUGAUAUCAGAUUCCUUCCACAUGUUCUUUGACUGCACCGCACUUCUGGCAGGACUUGCGGCAUCAGUCAUCUCUCGGUGGAGGUCCAAUGAUUCCUUCUCGUAUGGGUAUGUCAGAGCAGAGGUGCUGGCAGGUUUUGUGAAUGGCCUUUUCCUCAUCUUCACUGCCUUUUUUAUCUUCUCAGAGGGAGUUGAGAGAGCAUUAGAGCCUCCAGAUGUCCACCACGAGCGUCUGCUGCCGGUGUCGAUCGCCGGGCUUCUGGUCAACCUCGUUGGCAUCUUUGUGUUCCAGCACGGGGGUCAUGGACAUUCUCACGGUGGUGAAGGUCAUGGCCAUAGCCAUUCCCUUUUCAAUGGCAGCGUGGGUCACGGACACAGCCACGGCGGGCAUGGCCACAGUCACGGUGGGCAUGAGCAUGGGCAUGAACACGGGCAUGGACACGGGCACUCACAUGAAGAACCACACUGCCACGAUGAACAUUCAUACUCACCAGCAAAAGGCUCCAGCAAACAGAUUUUACAAGGAGUUUUUCUGCAUAUUGUUGCGGACACACUGGGCAGUAUUGGUGUGAUCAUCUCAGCCAUUCUCAUGCAGAAGUAUGACCUGAUGAUUGCUGAUCCGAUCUGCUCUAUGCUCAUCUCCAUCCUUAUAGGAGUCAGUGUGGUGCCUCUACUCAGGGAGUCUAUAGGGAUACUGAUGCAGCGAACUCCCCCUUCUUUGGACCAUGCCCUUCCUGAAUGCUAUCAAAGGGUCCAGCAGCUUCAGGGUGUCUACAAUUUGCAAGAGCCUCAUUUCUGGACUUUAUGCACAGACGUCUACAUCGGCACGCUCAAGCUCCUCGUGGCCCCGGAUGCAGAUGCACGAUGGAUUCUUAGCCAAACGCACAACAUUUUCACACAGGCUGGAGUAAGACAGCUAUACGUUCAGAUCGACAUUGCUGCAAUGUAGAAUCUGCCUCCUUCCCUCUUCUUGGGAGUCCUGGGACCAAAGCCCUCUGUGCUGCUGUGGAGAUGCCCUCCACCAUAACCCUCCUCUCUCUGGGGUUCUGCUCCUCCACUCUGUUUUAGAGCGAAGAUGGAGCAACUACAGUACAGUACACUGACUCUUACCAAGAAAACAUCAACAACAAAAAAAAUACAACUUGCCAAUGAUGAUAACGUGAUGUUUUUCAAAGGAAACAAGAAGUUGCAUCAUCAGUGUUGCCAACGCUUCACCCCCCUCUAUCCUCUCGAUCAACUGUUUUGGAUGUUUCUUAAUUUUUUUUUUAUUAUUAUGUCCGAGACGUCUGCUUUUUUUUCAUAAAUUUGGUCAUCAGUACGGACUUUUAAUUUUCUGGUAUGAGUGUGUAUGUAUCCAUGGACAUUUCUGUAAAUCCUAUAACCGGACGAGAUUGAUCAGUGGUAUAUUUUUGUACCAGUUAUCUCUUGACUUCUUGAUGCUGUGAGUUUAAAAGAUGCACCCCCCCCCUCUUAUUGGCCAUUUCAUUGCAUACAUUGAGUUGAACUGUCAUACUGAAUUUAUUAAGUGCCUUUUUAAAUUAGAUCACGGACAAUCUCCUCGACAAUAUUUCAAAAUCCUUUUGAGAAUCUUGUCCAGUAAACAUGCUUGCAUGUCCAGUAAAACAACCUUGAGAUGAGUGUUAUUUUUUUGGCCAUUUUAAUGAUGGUUCUGAUUUGGAAUGUUGAUUUGUUACGGGGGUGUCAGUUUUAGGGCAUGUGGCAGGAGACCGUUGUUAGAGUGGAGUGCUGAGAACACACACCAGCUUUUUACUGAUCCAUAUAUAUCCUGUGUGCAAACACCUCUAAGGGGAGUUUAACGAAUUCACUGCCCUCAUGUCUUUUUUUUUUUUGUUUGUUUGUUUUGCUUUAAAAGCCCAAGUAUGGAGUUGGCCAGUUCUAUAUUACUGCAAUGAAAUAAAUGGUUUUUAGCCUA